AUGGAUCUUCAAGACACUGGUUGUUCACUCUCCCUCAAGGGCUUCCCCUUUGCCCCAACUGGUAAUGAUGCUUUUGUAUUCUACGACGAAACAUAUACUACCAAAGGUGGCAAUCAUUUCUCACUCUCCCUCAAGGCUUCCAACACACUAACCAGCCAGCGUGCCAGAAUUAAUGUUAGCGAUUCUUUGAAAGAACUUGCUCCCAUGCAGCGAAGAAAGCUCUCAGUCCCCCUGAAGACGCGACAUCUAGCUUGCAACUUGCUGAUAUAUUUGACUAGUAAAGGACUUUCGAGUUUCGAGGAAGCUUUCCUUCCUAGAGAAGACGGCUUCCUCCGCAAAAGUAGACGGGAUGCAAAGGGAGAGCUAGGUGCUUACGGGCCGGCGGAAAGAAUGACUCAAAAGAAAGGAGUGCUAGCUUUGGGAAAGGAAGUGAUAAUCCUAACAUCUGAACAAAAAGGCCGUGGAAUCUGCAUAUCGAUCCACAGCCUCCAUUUCCAGUAG